AUGGAAGCUCUAAAUGUUUUUUUGCAGAGAAAUAAAUUGUAUGCUAUAUUAAAGCAUUUACUCACACCUGGAAGGUACUAUACAUUUCGCGUUGCAGCCGUUAAUACAUAUGGUAGCCUUGGCUUCUCUAAUAGUAGUUCAUUGUUCAAACUUUCUAAAGAGCCAAGAGCUCCAGGACAACCAAGGAAUUUAUCUCUUGGCAAAACUACAAGUAAUCCUGAUGGCCUAUGGACUCAAGAAAUAAAUUGGGCACCUCCUGCUUCGGAACUUCCAAUCAAAAAUUAUUUUAUAACUUGGUAUAAGUCAUCAGAGCAGCAAGCAAAUGUAUACGAGGAGUUGUUAUGGAAACAAAAUGUUGAAAAACAGGAAAAGCGUUCCGCCAAUCACAAUGAUGAAGACGAUCCUGAUAAUAAUGAUGAUUUCGUUGAUAAAGAACGUACUUCUACUGUAGUACCUUCUUAUAGUACCUCAGCGCUCAUUGAGGGAUUGGAAGGACAAUCAGUGUAUCUCACUGAGGUUCAUGCAAGUGUGGAUUCAUCCGAUGGUGAAUUACACGGUGAGAAAGCGAUAAUUUUCAUUCGUACAGCUUCAUCUUGGACUCCAAUUACAUUGAGCAUAUUAAGUUCGACAACUCCAUCUUACGGUCCACAAGAAGGUGUCAUUUUGGAAUCGGAUUCAAAUCUGCACAAAAAAGAAAAAAUUUCAUUAUUGGAAGUAAAAACCCCUUACUUUGAAGAUGGAACAUUGAAAACAAUGAUCAGCUGGUUGAAUUCUCCACACUGUUCUCCAAUGAAAACCACUUUUAUUGUGAGAUGGCGCUUGUUAGCAUGUCAGUUGAAUGAUGAAAAACAAAAAACUUAUUAUGACUUGGACACUUCAGGUCAAGAUUGGGCUGAAAUUACUGUACAACAAUGUGUAGCACUUCUUGACGAACUAAAUUUCUCAUGUUCUUAUUUUCUUGAAAUUAUUGACAAUGUGCAUUUCAAAACGAAUAGCUGUGAGCAGACUCCAUCAGUCACACACAAAUCAUGUGAAAUAAUCGAUUCAUCCACAGCUCUUUCAUGCAGAGCAAGUUUGGACAAUCCAUCAGCUUUUUGUUCAUGGCAAGCGCCUCAACUUGAAAUUUCCCGUUCAGAAGCAAUAAUCGGCUAUCGUAUUUUGCUUUCCGCACCACUUAAAGCAGUCGAAAAAGUUACAAUCAAUCCUCCACAAGCACGGAAUGUCGAAUUUAAGGGACUGGAGCGUGAUACAGAAUAUUCCGUUCAUGUUCAAACAAUCACAAGCGCUGGUCUUGGUGAAGUAAUGAGAUCUAAAUUUCGAACAUUUGCUACGCUGGGAAAUAGCGAAGAGUUAAAUGGCAUAGGAUUUGGUAAAAAAUCGGAUCGGCAAAUUCUAAAUGACGUGUUUUCCGCUCAAGAAAUCAUUGAAUUACCUCUUGAAACUAGCGCCUCCAGCGUUGUAAGGUGGCUUUCCACUUGCUGUUUUCUUCUUAUCUGUAAUUUCUUAAGUUCAAGUGAAAUUUAA